AUGAAGCAAAGUCUUGCCACUGUUGUUCUUGCAGCUCUCCCAUUAGCCACCCGUGCUCAAGGCACUACACCUCCAAAGGUCGCUGCCGCCUGUAAUGAUGUAGCAAUUUUCAUGGCUCGCGGCAAUGACGCUCCAUACCACGAUGGCCGUACUUCGCCUUUCAUCGAUGCCACUUGCGGCAAAUUCCAGGCCCAGGGCAACUCCUGCGAUUAUAUGGAUAUCGUCUUCGAUGCUACCCUCGGUGUAGAGUUUUGCCCUACAAUCCAAGAAGGUGCCGUCAACGGCAUUAGGCAAAUUACCGAGUACAAUGCCCAGUGCCCGGACACAUUGAUUGUAAUCAAUGGUUACUCGCAAGGUGGUAUGGUUUCCGGAGCUCUUUUGAGUGGUGGAGGCGAGGAUGCAUGCAACGUCGACUCACAAACUCUCGGACUCGACCCUACCUCACAGGCUGGCCAGGCUGUCAAGGCAGCUCUUCUCUGGGGCGAUGUUAAGCACACUGCGAACCAGCCUUACAACGUUCUUGAUGGAGCAGACAAGCAGGCUUGGCCCCGUACCGGCGCCAACCUUGAGCGCCUGAACCGCUACUCCGCUGUCUUGAGGUCAUACUGCGCUGCUGGCGACCCAGUCUGCGCUAAUGGAGAUGUCAUUGCCCAGCAUUUGAACUACUUCGAGCUUUACACCGAGGAGGCGUCAAGCUGGGUUGUGAGCAAGCUCACACCUCUCCUGGUCAAAGCUUCAUCGUCUGCUGUGCCCUCCAGCUCGGUCGCUCCAGCUCCCUCAUCCACAGCUAUCCCCGAGGACUCUACGACUGUGGUCACAUCAACUGAAACAAGCACCAUGGAGGUACCGGUCACUGUCACCAAAGGCGCGGUCAAGCCAUCUACUAUGAUCUCAUCAUACGUCCCUGUCACCAUCCCUCACAAGCACUACAACGCAACCGCUCCGUACAACAACUUUACAAUGCCUGUUUCAAGCACUGUCAUGACCGCCGACAAGCCUCACGAGACUACCUACCUGCCGGUUGAAGAGUCGCACGCUCCCGCUACCACUAAGGCACCAGAGUACUCAGCCGUUGCUGCUGCCUGUCCACCAGCCACCGUUUACGAGACCGUCACCAAUAUCGUGACCAAGUAUGUAUAA